AUGACGAAUGCACAAAAAGAAAAAGAUGCCAUUGAUUUGUUUUUGGAGAGUAUGGCGAUCACUAUUAAAACGAUGCCGACAUGGAUUCAAAAUCGUAUUAAGAAAAAAAUAUUUCUCAUCGUUAGUGACGCCGAGGAAGAACUAGAAAAUUAUAGUACAUGCAUUACACCAGACUCGAUAAACAAUACCUUGCCGGCAGUACCAGGAUCAUCACGUCCUGUCAAUGACGGAUACACUACGUCGGGAGAGACUGUGAACAACACCAUGCCGGCAGCAGCAGGAUCAUCACGUUCUACCAAUACGAUCUAUCACGGAUACAGUAGGCCGGAAACAUUUGAGCCAACGCCGUUACAUGAUAAUGAUAACUAA